CGAUGCCGGCCCCGAAAUUCAUCGAAGGUCCGAACACUGUUCAAACGUCACUUUACGGCUAUGACAGGAGCAAGAAAGUGCAGUUCCAGCUGAACAAUUUACGCGGGAAACCAAUUAUGGUGCUCCGUUCUGAUACGGUCAUUCCAAAAAACGAAGAAGCACCUCCACCACGAAGCACCUUCGCCAAGAAGUGGGUCGAUCGCAGUCGUCAUAUUCCGACAAUUCCACUAUACAAAUCCACGUGCAGAUCCUACUCGCACUUUCAUCAUCAGUACACAUGUCCGAAACCUUCGUCGGAAUCUGCGUUCCCGUUUCCCAUCUCGCCUACUCAAAUUGAUCUCCCAUUCGGGCAUACUGCACACGACAGGAAACCAUCAUGCCUACCAACUCCACGUGGCUCUCCAAACAGUCCGAGAUUGACGCCGGAAGACGAGAUGACUGUGAAACGAUUGUUUGACAAGCUGGAGAUCCCUACGACGCCGGCAACAUCAUCCGCCAGCUCGUCCUACGUUUCGCACAAAACACUUCUAGAGCUCAAUUCGAAGGUCUCCAAAACAUCAGCCAUCGAUGUAUCCGUUCCACCAGUGACCGAGAGUUCCGAGGCGGACUCAGUCCGAAUUGAUUUAUCGUUUCUCGUCGAUACACCGAAAAGCUUGUCGGAUUCACGAAGAUCCUCGUGCUCGGACACCUCGCCGCCCGAUCUCGAGGAGAUUGCAUCAAGCUGUGAUGAGGUGGAGAAGCCGCCGGGUCACACAUGCCAAGAUGAAGCUCAAUGCAACAUUUUCCGCAAAGGUGAAUGUAUUGAUGAGAAGAAGGAGCGACAGAACAUGAUCCAAUGGUUCAACGAUCUUGUCCAAUGGCGUCAUGAUAUUAUAGCCAAAAAACGCUUCGGUCCACCACGUUGUCCUCCACCUCCAUUGACAGUCACAAUGAUUGGAGCAAGCCGUUCUCAGCGUGCAAACCCAUUUCAUCGAGUCGGAGAAGUUCACCCAUUUGCCAUGGAGGUCAUGGAUCACGUUCGUCGGAAAAUGGACGCGAAACGUUCGUAUCGUCUCGUUCCCGCUGGUCCUACUUUCCCCGCGCCACACGAGUUUAUGGCGAACGCAAAGUGUUUGGAGCCGCAUCUGUUCGUGGAGUACUGCUAUCAGCUGACAGCGGCCGCUUACGUUGAUACUGGGCUCAAUUAUCCGAAUCGUCGGCCACCGAUCCCGCCUCGUAUGGAGCCGAUACCAGAGCAAGCGUGCCGGGAAUCGAUUUGCUCGUCGGCUUCCGAGUUCUCAUCCGACGGCGAGUAUUCCGACGAUUCGGAUGAUACGAAAAACGAGCGACUGCGUCAGAAGUUGGAGAGACAUCGUAAACGGGAGAACCGCCUUCGAAAGCUCUUCCGCCGACGGGAGGUUCUAGAUGAAAUAGACGAGGAAGAUGACGAUUAGGUGAUUGCCAAGAAUUUAUUUUACUUUCUCUUGUAAAUGUAUCAUUCCUUCAUAUUGCCCCCGUUCACCUUCCCCCUAUUGGAUUGUUCGUAUUUUCUUUUUAGUUUUCUUCAUUUUCACUUAUAUUUGAAAUUUCAAUGUUUCAAAUAUUUUUUGCUUUUUUUUGCUCGCAUUCUUUUCCCCAGUUAUAUUUUCUUUCAUUGUGAAUUAUAGAUCUUCAAAAUUUAAAAAUGUUUCUCCUAAUUUUACUAUCUCCCCCCGGCCGGCUCUAGCCGCCAAGCUCACUCUGUUAAAUUACUGAUUCGAUUUGAUUUCUUUUGAUUCGUUUGUUUUUGUGUUCUCAAUGAAAGUUCAGAUUAUUUCC